AUGAACUAUCACGUGAGCAUAGUUCAUGGGGGCUCUUUCGAAAACGUAGAAGCUCCGCUGUCAAUCAAUGCUACAUCUCACCAAGGAAUCAUUCAAGCGCUCGAAGAAAUUGCAGGGCUAAAAAACAUCAAAAUCUCCCACCGUGGUCGAACGUUAAAGCCUACUGAUCGUCUCCCUCCAGAUGGAGCGCGAAUUUUCGUUUCAGGAGAAUCUUUACCGGCAGAAAAAAUGGAGGUCGAAUUCCCAACUGUAACACCAGAGCAAAUGAACGAAGCAAAGAACAUCAUCAAAACUUACGGCAGCUCAAGAAACCCAAUCAGACACGAUUUUAACACGCUAGCAAGUGAAAUGAUGAGAAGUGUUUACAAAAACUACCCAAAAUUAGCGAGAAAAGAUCCGAUCGGUGCAAAGAUAUGCGUAUCCGCAGGACAAGCUGAUGGUGCACUUUUCAUCGAUUGCCUGAACAAAGAACUGUACAAAAAACACCCUCUCAUCCAGCAUGUUUUGAUGGACAUCGCUAAGAAGACCAAAGAGUCAUCCGCUACUUUUGCAAGAAAUAUCGGAAUCGACCCGGCCAUCCUGCCUCAAAUCCUUGCAGCUUCUGCCCCAGCUCAUCUCCGCGCCCAGAUGCGUGCCCAACAGCAAGCUAACGCCGCGCAUGCGAGAGCCCUCUCGGCUAAACAUCAAUACACAUCCCCCUUUGAAGCGGCCUCGGCAAAUAUCACUCAAGAUAUGCUCACUCAAGCUAUCGCUAGUGCUGUUUCAAACCCAUUGCCUCCUCCUCCUCCAAACCCUUCUAAUGCUCCUUCUACUUCUUCCAGCAAUCCGCCUAUUCCAGGGACGGAAAACCUUCAAAAUAUUCUAAGCCACCAAGUUCAAGCAAUGAACAAAAGAAUCGAAGACGGAAUGGCCCAGAUGAGGGAAAUGGGAAUAAUGCAACAAACAACAGAAGAAGUAGCUCGAGCAUUUCUGAUGCGAUCUGGUGGAAAUGUUGAACGGGCCGUUCAACUCAUUUUUGAAACGAUGCAAUAA